UCAAAUUACUUUGCACUACCUAGGCACAUGUGUAAACAAGUAGCUGGUAAACGUUCCAUAAAAUAAGAGCUAUAUUAGCUGAAGAGGUGUGUCAUUGUUAAAUUAUAGUUUUAUAAUACUUGUUCUUAACAAAGCAGUGCCCGUAAUAUACGUUUAUAUAAAAUGACGUCACCCCAGGCUCAAAAUGACAGCGACGACGACACGGAUGCGUUUAUGGACAAAUUUAAAACUCAAAGAUAUAAAAAUGCUUUCAGUGAAGGCAACUGGGAAGAGGAGUUUGAUAAAAUCCCCAUGUUCAUGAAAACUGCCCCUGAAGAGAUUGACCCUAAAGAAUAUCCUGAACUAGCUUGCCUUCAAGCCAUCAUCCACGAUGAAGACAGGACACCAGAGGAGCAAGCUAAAGCCUUGAAAGACGAAGGAAACUCGUUUUUUAAAGAAAAGAGCUACGAAAAGGCAAUCUUGUGCUACACAGUAGCUCUGAAGAAAAAAUGUGGAGAUCAGGAGCUGGACACAGUUCUCCUCACCAACCGGGCAGCAGCACACUUCCACCUGGGUAACAUGAGAUCUGCAUUUAAUGAUGCUGUAUCUGCAAAGAAGAUCAAACCAGACCAUCUCAAAGCCUUGAUCAGAGGUGCUCAGUGUUGUAUCGAGCUGCGGAAUUUUGCAGAGGCGCUCCAGUGGUGUGAUGAGGGGUUAAAAGCCCAUCCCACUGACAAGAAGCUGCUGGAGCUGAGAGCAAAGGCAGAUAAACUUAAGAGAGCAGCAGAAAGAGAUGCCAGGAAAGCCAAGGCCAAAGAAAAAAAGUUGCAUGGUGCAAAAGAAGCUCUUCUGGCUGCUAUAAAGGAUCGAGGCAUUAAACUCCAGCAGCCUGUGAAGUCUCCUCCACACGGUUCAGACAGUGAGGAUGAGGUUGAUGGCUCCUCUGCAGCGAUAUCACAGCUGAGUCUGGACGGUCUCAGUUCACAGGAGGUGACGGGGGCUCAAGUGUUCCUGGAUGAGCAGGGAUCCCUGCACUGGCCUGUCCUCUUCCUCUAUCCUGAGCACCAGCAGAGCGACUUCAUCUCUGCCUUCUGUGAGAACAACUGUUUCAUAGAUCACCUGGCGGUCAUGUUUGGAGAGGAACUUCCUCCCUGGGAUGUAGACCAAAAAUAUCACCCACAGAAUCUGCAGCUGUACUUUGAAGAUGGGCAGAACGAGACACUUUAUCAGGUCCACCCUGAGACGCCACUUUUAAAAGUGCUGCAGCAUAAAAGGUUUACGGUCAAAGGAGGCACUCCCAGCUUCAUCAUUCUGGUAAACGGCUCAACAUUCAAGAAGCAGUUUUUAACCGAAAAGAAAGUAAAAGGAUUAUAAAGCCGGGACUUUUGAUACACAGCUACCCCAGAGUACUGAUGCCGAUAUUAUAAAAGACACUAUUCAAGCAUGUUUGUGGAGACCAGUAUCCUUUAUUCAAAACAAGUAUCAAUUUAAAUGGAUACAAAACUCCCCCAAAUGGAGUCUUCUAAUCUUUACAUCUACAACCUUCAUAUUUUUUUACUUUACAGGAGAUAUUGUAUUAAAUUAAAUCAAUCAAUCAAAAAUUGCUAAAUCAGAAAAAUACACAAACUUGUCUCAACCCUCCGGUAUCACUCUGGACAUUUUUGUCCAAAAGGGUGAUUUUUUCAUUUUAUUAUUAUUGCAGUUAUUGAUUUUUUGUUGCUGAAUUUUGUUAUUUCAAAAUCAGUUUUUUCAAGGGCCUUUUGUUCACUCUGUGCAAAUUUACUACCUUCAUAAUAAACAAUGACACCAUGUAUUUAAUCUGGGAUUUAAAGGGUUAAACCAUGAUGUAAUUUGAUAUUUAAUAGUUUUGAUCAGGACUGAAAGUGAUUGAAAGAUCUAAGCCAAAUAGAGUGGAAAUAUCAAACUGUAAUAUUUUGUACCGGUUUCCAAAGUGGACAUUUUUGUCUAAGAACGGCUUAUUAGGGAGUAUAGUUUUAAACUGGACUCUACACAAAAACCAAUAAGACAUUAAAAUUAGUUUUGUUCCUAAUCUUUGACACAUCCAGGACUGUGCUCGAAAUAUGUCAGCCACUGGACAUUUGUAUUUUAGAAAAUAACACAUUUUCUGGGAUUUUUCAUAAAAAAAGUGACUUCUUGUUGUAAAACUGGCAUUUAAAGAGUUAAAAUUCCCAAAGUGUUUAAGUAUCAGGUAGUUUUGCUCAGGACUGAAGUUAAAAAAAAAAGGAAUUAUUAAAAAAAAUGGGAAUUCAUAUUUUAAUAUAAUUUUCUAAUUCAUGUUUUUCACAGUGGACGUUUUUGUCCAUAAAUGGCUUAUUAGGGUAGUAAAUUUGUGUGAUACCGAAGGGUUAAACAGAGAAAAUCAAAACACUUAUCGAACAAAAAAUAACUGUGCUCAAAGUGCCUGCAGAAUAUGAAAUAAAA